AUGCCUUGUGGCUCCAGUGCUGGUAGCUCCUCGUUACCUUCAUCGAUCUCGUCCAGCGAGCACAAGAGUGACUCAAGCUCUGCAAACAGCCACGUUCUACUUCCCCAGCCAUCGAGUGCGGCCCCACCAAGGACAACGGACCAGGUGAUUGAACUGUCCGUUUCGUCCGAGGAACUCGCGAACUGGAGGCGACGAGAGCAACAAGCCCAGACGGAGCCGAUGCCAUGGCCCGGUCGCACCCGUAGCGUCUUGCGCCGAUACUCACCGUUGGUCCCUCCUACGGCGUUGCUCAUCGCUCUGGUGGUGCUGCUCGUGCAAGACCUCGCGAAUGCGCACAGCAAUGCUGACUCAUCAGAUUUGCCCAAUGGACCAGCUCCACCGGCUUUGCUAUGGAGCCCCUGUUCCCUGGACAACGCUGUCGCCAACGCUUAUAACCUGUCGGCGCAGUGUGCAACCGUAACGCUUCCACUGUGCUACGAAGGUGUCUGCAAAGCCGAAGAUGAGAACACUACAAUUGCCGUGUCAUUUAAGCGGAUACCAGCGUUCGGAACUAAUGACAUGGGUGCAAGUCUACAAACUGUAUGGUAUCUUCCCGAUCGACCUGAUUUCCAGACUCCUGAAGAAGUAGAGCUGCAAAUGACGCUCUUGUACGAAGAGCUACGCGGCGACAUGGACAUCUACACGCUUGACUUUCGAGGCAGUGGUGAUAGCUCAGCUCUCUCGUGCAAUGCAUCGGACGGCUCACCGCUUCAAACCGCCAUUUUUGCUAGACACGGUAAAGCUCUUGAUCCAAGCGACGUCCAGGCAUGUGUAUAUCGACUGAAUGAAUUAGGAUACACCAACCUCAGGGCAUUUUCCCUGGCCAGUGCCGCCCAGGAUAUCGAAAGGGUCAUCAACCAAUUCCAGUCAGAUUCGCAGGCUAUCGUGUAUGCAUUAGGCUAUGGCACACUUGUAGCCCAGCAACUCAUGCAACAGGGCGUUUCACAGAUUAUCGGCUACGUGUUUGACGGUGCACUUGGAAACGCAAAGUAUCUUAUACCCGGAAUUGAGACGGUCUCACACCAUGUUUCCAAAAGUGACGAAGACUUCGGAGAGGUGGCCAUCGAUUUCUUGAUAUGGUGCCAAGGUGAUGCGGAUUGCUCCAAAAGGUUCUCCGAAGCGAGCUCGAGCACGACUCUGAACCAGACACUUGCAGAAGUGUACACUCGCCUUGAUGCUGACACUGCAUCCGCGUGCUCCAUGAUCCUUACGGAUGUUAAUACAAGCAAGAACAGCAAGUUCGCUACAGCCACAACGACGCCGCCGUCGUACACACUUCGCCAACUACUUGGAGUAAUGAUGAAGGACUCCACCUUGUGGCCAUUCAUCCCAGUUAUUGCUUACCGCUUUCACCGAUGCGGUUCCGAAGACCUCACGCUGCUUUCGCAGUUUGUUAACUCCACAUUCGUAACUGAUACUGACACCGACAACCCGGAACUGCUGUUUGUAGUCCAGGCCUUCAGCGAGCUGUGGGAAGUACCAUCCCCCGACCACACCGAGCUGUUGGAGCGCUUCACCGAUACUUCAAUCAGCUCUGGUCGAGUGUACACUCAGCUAGACGCCUACUGUUUGUUCACAGGCGACACCUCCGAAGCUUGCGGCAACACCACAGUAUCAGGGUCGAAUUCUUCACCUGUCGAGUCCACGCUAUCAUACACGGCAAACACCACUGUGACUGCCUUUCCAUCUGGAACCAGUCUACUGUUGCUGAGCGGAGGGCUGGAUGCGCUCUCGGCGCCCAAGUAUUCCACAGCACUUUUCCACGAGUUCCAGACCGAUAACAAAGCACUUCUCGUGGCUUCAAAGAGCACGCACGGUGUAGUUCAGUCAGGUCUGCUGUCGAAUGGCACUGCGUGUGCUCGGAAGGUGCUGGCAUCGUAUGUGCGCAGCAGAGGCAAUCUGACUUUGCUCGACAUAUCGUGUAUUUCUGCACUACCCACGCCGAGUCUCGCCAUCUCCAAUAUAUCGAGUCUGUUGGUGCUUGGCGUGGAAGAUGCAUAUGACGGGGUACUUUUGACAACCAACAGCAGCAGCCGUGGCGGUAUCGAUGGUUUGACCGAUAGUGGCAGCUCCGAUUCAGGUGCGUCGUCUGGCUCGACAUUGGACGAGCUAAAUCACCAGGUCUCGGCGCUGGAUAGUUCCCGGCAUCGUUACAAAGUUGCUCUAAUCGUGGUGACUUGCGUACUGGGGGCCGUGUCGCUCGUUGGCGUAGUGGCGGUAAUCUACCGGCGGCACCGCAAACACCAGCUCGCUGGCGAGCAGGAGAUGCUGCGACGCAUGCGCGGCGACGAAGAAAACGAGCUCGAGCUCGUACAUAGCAUCUACCUGCUCUCAUCCAGCUCCCCCAGAAGCGGAGAGCACGCACCAACUCCUCAGGUGGCGUGA